CUCUUUUAGUUUUUUUGCUGCUUCCGGGACUGAGCAGCUUUGCUCUCUCUCUCUCUCUCUCUCUUUGGUGGAGUAGUUUUCGUUUCGCUCCUCAAAGCCUCUGUCGCCAGUAAACACUCACACACUCCACAACACACAAACACUCACACACUCCACAACACACAAACACUCACACACUCCACAACACACAAACACUCACACACUCCACAACACACAAACACUCACACACUCCACAACCUGCAACACACACACACACUCUCAGCUCUUUUUUUCUUGUGUGGGGGUAAAACGAUGGUGAUUAAAGUUUUCAUCGCAUCCUCUUCUGGUUUCUUAGGGAUUAAGAAGAAGCAGCAGGAAGUGCUGGGCUUCCUUCAGGUCAACAAAAUUGACUUUGAAGAAUGCGAUAUUGCAGUAAAUGAGGAAAACAAGAAAUACAUGAGAGAGAAUGUUCCAGAGAACUGCCGACCUACAACUGGAAACCCACUUCCACCUCAGAUCUUCAACAAUGACCGAUACUGUGGGGACUUUGAAGCAUUUUUUGAUGCCAGGGAGAAUAAUGCUGUGUAUGCAUUUCUAGGCCUGACAGCUCCACCUGGAUCAAAGGAAGCUGAAGCCCUUGCAAAGCAAAAUGCCUAAAGCUCGAAGUUCAGAAGCAAAAGAAGAAGCACAACACUCAGUUAGAGCAAAAGAAAGUUGUGAUGUCAGGCAGAAUUAAACAGAGAGGACCAGAUGUGAUAAUGUUACACUGUUUGUGCAGUGUUGAAACCUCUUUUACUUAAGCGAACAUCAAGUAUAUUUCGUCUUUUUUAACAAAUAGUUAUUGAGUUAUUAUGGACCACCAGGUUUACAUAAGAAUAUUUUCAAUUUUUUUUUACUUGAUCAUCUUAUUUGUUUUACACAGAUAGCCAAAUUGUUACACCAAAAAAUGAGUUAUUGCAAAAGUCACUAUAGAAUUUAGGCUUUAUUAUUGCUUUGGUUCAGUGGCAACAUUCCUUUUCCUUUAACCAAUUGGACAUUGUUUCUGUCAGAGCUAGUUUUAAAGUGUACAGCUGAUUUCAGUAGCUGUGCAGCUCAGCUACCAGAAGAUCCAGGUUGCUCAUUUUGAUUCAAUGUAUUCUCAGUUAGCUCAGGACACUGGGAUGAAAUUCCACUUGCUACUAAAUGUAGAGGUUUUGAAGAUGCGAAUUGUAACGGGAAAGUCACCACAUUUAGUGACAAAAGGAAUUUCUUUUUGAUGUGUUAAUGCUGUGCGGCUUGUUUCUGGUGUGAGCUUUUUAUUUACAUCACUAUCACAAGAUGAGCAGUAGAACUGUAGUAUAACUUGCCCAGUUCAGCUUUUAUGACCAUGUGAUACCAACAUGGACUCAGAAUAUUUUUGCUCCCCAUUUUGAAGUUGAUGUGAAGGUAACACCAACAACAACUUGGAUUUAUAAAGCACCCUCCACGCCGGACAGCAUCUCAGAGCGCUUGUGAAGUACAACAGAUCCUUGUGUAGUACAAGAGGCAAACUAAACCAUUGGGGAAAAAAGAGUGAGACCUUUUUUCAUCAUCUUGUAUUGAUUCUUUGAGUUCAAUCCUGAACUAGGAGAUGAAAGGAAAUCAUGUACAAUAUAAAAUACAAAGUUGAGAAUUUAGACAUCUGUAGCUUUGAUAAGGUCCAAUGAGAGGUAGACUUUCAGAACAUUUACUAUAUUAAAAAGUGUGAUCAAAGUCUCAAAACUUGUUUUUUUUUAGAAUUGUGCUGCAUCUGCCUAUCCUCAGUUCAACACAGUGCCAAGUAUAAACCCACAGUCAAAUUUCAGAUGCAUUCAAGCUGCUUUGAUCAUUUUAUUGCAAUUAUAAGUAAAUGAAAAUAUCACUUAUAAUUAUGAUAGGCAAGGCAUGUUACUGUUGAUCUUCCGACUGAGACAGUUCACAGUAAUUGUGUUAUUGCUCUGAAGAUCUUCGACGUGCACUUUGAGAGUUAAACACAUUUCAAAAUGCUUUAAAUUGAGCCAAUGGAUUGAUGCUUUUAAUAUACAAGUCUUAAAAAAAAUCGCUGAAGAAUCGUAUCAUUCCACCAUUAUUCAAGACUUUUGCUUUUGCCACUCUCAUGAUUGACAGUUAUCGAUACAGUUAUGCACUGAACCCGAUUUACAGAUUACAUGAUUGAUUGCCAAUAUAUUUUAGAUAUUUUGCAUGGGAAAGAUAGUUUGAAAAAAAGACUUGAGAUUACGAGAUCAUGUUUUGCGCAGAGGUUCCAGAUUUUGCAUUGUGUACAUUGUGAAACUGACUGAUCGUCUUACUCCUUUUAUGCCAUAACAAUGAGCCAUGCAUUGUCAGACGUUAACUUGAUAGACAGGAGUCGCUGUGGCUCAUGUAUGUAAACAAAUCUUUCAAUGUAUAACAACAUAUCUGGGAUUUUUGCAAUUGCUGUUAAGAUCAUGUAUGCUUAAGGAACAAGUUGUUAAAAAUAAAAUUGGAUAAAAUAUUA